CACAUAUACGCUCUUUUGCUUAUUCGAAGACAUACUUAUGAUCGGACACUACACUACGAUUAUCUUGUCGGAUUGAGACAUUUGGGCUGCCCUCUCGCCUUGAGCGAAGUUUCUAUUGCCCGGCACUAUGCCAUGACCAAACCUGACGUCGAUGGCGCAAAGAUCAGAUAAACUUCCGAAUAAAAUUUGCUCCCGAUGGGAACCGUUCUCGACAACUAGUCCCCCUUCUUAAGAUUCAAGAUUCCCAGAGGAUGUCCAAUUCAGGGACAGGCUCCCGAUGGGGCUCCUUCUUGUCCCAGGCCGUGGCAGGGAUGGAGGCGCAUCUCGACAACAUGCUCGCUGAAGGAAACGGUACUAUGUCGGUCAGCAAGUCUACUGAGAGCUCAACUAACACGUCCACCACCCCCGCUACCCCAUAUGAAGCUCAGGGCAAACCAGUCUUGUCCAAGCCAUUAUCCAACAACAACCGUACUCACGAUCGACUCCAACAACGCCUGGCCAAAGUCGUCGCGUCCGAAAACAACCACUCUCCAUCAAAUGCCGAUACCGCGGAAGACAGGCCGAGAGCCGAGAUCGCUGGAUCUGCAUCAGUUGGCAAUCCAGAGACUCCGUCCUCCCGGAACUCUGGCGAGAUAGCAUCAAGGCCAUGUCAGACAUCACCGGUAUCAAAUGAUUUGCCAAAGCAGCCGCCUAGUCCUCCGUCAACCCCUAUGACCGCAAGCGUAGAACAAAGCGAGGACAGAGAAUACCCGUCAUUGCCCUCAAAGACCCGAUCCUUGGAUGAUUCAGACAACGGGCCACGUCCAUUGAGUUCCGAAAGGCCAGCAACCAGACAGGAACAGUCAAAACCUCCACCCAGCACCUGCCAGAAUUGUGUCGCUUACGAAGCACGAAUGUCAGACCUCAAGGCUGAACAGCAAAAGGAAACCCAUCGUCUUGUCGAACAAAUCGAUGCAUUGCAGGCAAGGCUGCAGUACUUAGCUCGGGAGGCUAGUCUCUCAGCGAAGAAGUAUGUUGCAGAGAGCGCUCCUGGGACUGCCGAGCGUAAGCUAGCAGAAAAAGACGAAAAAAUAUACCUCUUAAUGGAGGAAGGGAGGAGCAUGGCAGUUACAGAGCAAAGACAUCGAAACAUUAUCAAGAAGCUCAAGACAGAACUUUCGACCACUGAAAAGACCGCGGCAACCCACCAAGAAAAGUAUACAAAGGCCGAGGCUAAAGUGGAAGCCCUACAAACCCGAGUCGCUCAACUUGACGAGCUCGAAGAGGUCUAUGAUGAGUCGCAAAGACAGCUUAGUAGCGUAUGUUUCGAGCUGGAGUUUUUACAAGCAGAAGUCGUUUCCAAGGACGCCACCAUCGCAGAUCUAAGAAGACAAGUGCAUGCAGCCCUGGACGAGACUGAAUCCGCAUCAUCCAAAAAUGCCAUUGAGGCACUUAGAGCUGAGCAACAACGAAACAGGGAAUUAAAUGAGGCUAUCGACUCCCUCAAGACCGAAAAGAGCUUAGUCGUCGAGGAUGCCAACAAACGAGUCGCUGAUUUUGCCGACAAGGCCGAUAAAGCAGCAGAGCGGGCGAAGGCUGUCGAAGUCGAACUUAGGAAUGAGCUACAGGCAAUGGAGGGCAGGUUGGAGGCAAUGCGUGCGCUGGCAGAGGAAACGUCUGCUGGGGUGGUUGGAGACACCCAUGGUAAGUUACUUCGUCAGAUCGAAACUCUCCAAGCGCAGCACGCAAUUGCCCUGGAGAACUGGCAGGGGAUCGAAGCUAGCCUCAUUGCCCGGGUUGGAAGUCUAGAAACGGAGAGAGACGACGCUCGACAACGGGAGUCGGACAUGCGGAAAAAGGCUCGAGAGAUGGCAUUCCGUUGUAAAUGCCUGGAGGAAGAAGUAGAAAAUCUAAAGGACAAAAUCCCAACACGGGAACAACAGGAAGAACUAAAGGCCCUGCGAGAACGGUUCGGGUCAUUGGAAAAACGAGCCGAAGCUGCCGAAAAGGAGGUCGCCAAUGCGAGGGCGGAGGCAGACAAACAGCAGAUAGUAUGUCAGUCAGACCGAGGGGAUAACUUUGACCGCAGGCUUUGGCUAGAGGAAAUACCAGCUGCGACGUCAAGGGUACAGAGUCGUCCCCAGUCGCCGCUACUGUCGAUCCCCACACGAACAUAUAGUUCCGAUCUUCUUAUGCUUCAGGGAGCGCCGAGCAGGACUCGAAAGAUUUCCACACCGGGCAGCAUGGUGGACGGAACUUAUGACUCGCUGCCAUCUGCUAGGCGAUUGUCAAGCCAGGCCCAUAUGAGACAACCAGUGCUGCCCAUCAAUGCAGGUCUCACUUCUGCCUUUAUGAUCUCCCUGGAAGAGUCACAGGAGCCAAAGAAACGACCUGCGUCGCAUGGGGGUCGACGGGACGAGGUUUUCGAUACUGCCGACACAUUCUCAUCAUCUCCGCGGCAGAUAACACAAGAUCUGGCCUCUGUGUCCACCGCCGGUGCCGGUCCGUCAGUUCAGCUGGUGGAACGUAUGAGCGCUGCCAUUCGAAGACUUGAGGCCGAGAAAGUGGUAUCCCGGGAGGAAUUGGCUCGAAUAUCCAGCCAACGCGACGAGGCCAGGGCAGAGCUGGCCGCGCUCAUGAAGGAAGUGCAAGUAGGAAAGGCUGCUUCGAAGAAGGUCUCCGACCUGGAGGUGGAGCUUGGAGACAUCAACUCCAGGUAUCAGACCACACUCGAGUUACUUGGGGAGAAGAGUGAGCUCGUGGAGGAGCUGCGAGCCGACGUAGAGGACGUCAAGGCAAUGUAUCGGGAAUUGGUAGAAAGGACACUCAAAUAAUACUACGAAGUACUCUGGCCGGUCAGGCGGGCAUCUAUGCUAGCAGGGCCGUAUGCUUGGCUCACAUAAUGGUGGUCGGUAGUCGAAAGGGUCUAACACAAGAUCCACACACGAUACCUUUUAAAGCCCGAUGCCCUCGGCCUCAAUAGACCGUUCAAUGUAACGACGAACCUA